AAUCUUAAAAAAAGAAACUCCACAUUUCAUUUAACUUGAAUUUCAACUAAAAUUUCACAGAAACGGAAAUUCUCCUCGAAAAAUUGACAUACAAGGACAAAAAUUUCUAGGUUUCAAUUCCAAUUUUCUUCAUUCUUAGAUCUGAUUCUCGAUUCUCCUACUGAAUCGCAUUUCCGCUUCAAUCCAAACUCAUCAAUUCGCCAAGAAAACCUCGCUAAAUUUGCGAGUUUCCAUCCUCGGAACGGAAACCGCAAUGUUUCGUUUCGAGCAGGAAAAGAUCCGCAAGCGAAUUUGAUUUUCAUUUAACCAUUAUUGCAAACUUCAAUUUGUUUAUUUAUUUGGAUAUUUGGAAAUUUGGAAAUUCGUUCGUUUGUGUUUUCGAUCGUGAAGCUGUUUUCAUGGCGGAAGCUCUCUCGGUGAUGCCGGCGGCCGUGCUCCGUAAUCUCGCCGAUAAACUCUAUGAGAAACGCAAAAAUGCUGCUCUCGAGGUUGAGGGGAUUGUGAAGCAGCUUGCUUCUGCUGGUGAUCAUGAUAAGAUAACCUCUGUGAUUACUUUGUUGACUACGGAAUUCACUUAUUCACCUCAAGCAAAUCAUCGCAAGGGAGGGUUGAUAAGCUUAGCUGCUGCUACGGUUGGGUUGACUAAUGAAGCUGCUCAACAUCUUGAGCAAAUUGUGCCUCCUGUGUUAAAUUCUUUCUCGGACCAAGAUAGCAGAGUUCGUUAUUACGCCUGUGAAGCACUAUAUAACAUUGCCAAGGUUGUGAGAGGAGAUUUUAUUGUAUUCUUCAACCAGAUCUUUGAUGCCUUAUGCAAGCUUUCUGCAGAUUCAGAUGCCAAUGUACAAAGUGCUGCACAUCUCUUGGAUCGACUCGUAAAGGAUAUUGUGACCGAAAGUGAUCAGUUCAGUAUUGAAGAGUUUAUACCAUUAUUGAGGGAGCGCAUGAAUGUACUGAAUCCAUAUGUCCGCCAGUUUUUGGUAGGAUGGAUUACUGUUUUGGACAGUGUACCAGAUAUUGAUAUGCUGGGUUUUCUUCCUGAUUUUCUUGAUGGUUUGUUUAAUAUGUUGAGCGAUUCAAGUCAUGAAAUACGUCAACAAGCUGAUUCAGCUCUUUCUGAGUUUCUUCAAGAGAUAAAGAACUCCCCAUCUGUAGAUUAUGGCCGAAUGGCUGAAAUACUGGUACAAAGGGCUAGUUCUCCAGAUGAAUUUACUAGGUUAACAGCUAUCACAUGGAUAAAUGAGUUUGUCAAACUUGGUGGAGACCAGCUUGUUCCAUAUUAUGCUGACAUUCUUGGAGCCAUUUUGCCUUGCAUAUCCGAUAAAGAAGAGAAAAUUAGAGUGGUUGCCCGGGAAACCAAUGAAGAGCUACGAGCAAUCAAUGCUAAUCCAGCUGAAGCGUUUGAUGUAGGAGCAAUCCUCUCCAUUGCAAGGAGGCAACUAUCUAGUGAAUGGGAGGCUACUCGAAUUGAAGCUUUGCAUUGGAUAUCAAUCCUCCUAAACAGACACCGUAUUGAGGUUUUGAUAUACCUGAAUGACAUAUUUGACACCCUACUCAAAGCACUUUCAGAUCCAUCUGAUGAGGUUGUUCUUUUAGUUCUUGAUGUUCAUGCAUGCAUUGCAAAAGACCCUCAGCACUUCCGACAUCUUGUCGUUUUCCUUGUGCACAGUUUCAGGCUAGAUCACUCUCUUUUGGAGAAGCGUGGUGCUUUGAUAAUUCGCCGCCUUUGUGUGCUUUUGAAUGCUGAGAGAGUCUACCGUGAACUUUCUACGAUAUUAGAAGGAGAAUCAGAUUUAGAUUUUGCAUCAAUUAUGAUUCAGGCAUUGAAUUUGAUCUUACUUACAUCAUCAGAAUUGUCUGAGAUUCGAGAUCUUUUGAAGCAAUCACUGGUAAAUCCUGCUGGGAAGGACUUGUAUGUUUCCUUGUAUGCCUCUUGGUGUCAUUCUCCAAUGGCAAUUAUAAGUCUCUGCUUCUUAGCUCAGACUUACCGACAUGCAAGUACUGUGAUUCAAUCUCUGAUAGAGGAGGAUAUAAAUGUCAAGUUUUUGGUCCAGCUGGAUAAAUUGAUUCGCUUGCUGGAAACUCCAAUCUUUGCUUAUCUUAGAUUGCAGCUUCUUGAUCCUGGAAGAUAUUUAUGGCUAUUCAAAGCGUUGUAUGGUCUUCUGAUGUUGCUUCCUCAGCAAAGUGCAGCCUUUAAGAUACUAAAAACUCGUUUAAAAGCUGUGCCGUCAUAUUCUUUCAAUCGCGAGCAAUUGAAUAGAAUGCCUUCUGGGGAUUACUACGAAUUUCUUCCUCAGAUGCCUGAUGAACAUAAAAAAAAAGAUGGUGAUGCAACUGAAGAUGGUGGGAGCUCAUAUAAUAGAUUAAACUUUACUGAAAGGUUAAAUGAGUUUCAGGAAAUGCAGAAGAAACAUCGGGUUCACACCAAAUCCCAAAGAACGACACGCAGUUUAACGACUUCAUUACCAAAGGAGGCACCAAAAGAGGAAGAAGAGCCACAGAGACAACAGUCUAUUGAUCAGUCUAUUGAUCUUAAUGUUCCUCCUUCAAGAUCUAGGAGAAAUUCAGGGCAACUACAACGAUAAUUCUAAUGCUGUUUUUACUUAUGUCGAGUCUAAUCUAUUGCAUGUGAAUUUUGAAUGGGAUCGGGUAUGAUUUUGUAAAAUUGUAAAUUAUAGUAGUUCGGUUUAUUCUAUUUGUUAAGAGGUUGGGAUGGUGAAGAUUGGGUUUUGGAAUCAAGACGAAGCUUGGAAGUUUUCUUGGCUAUUCCUUUGACCUAAUAGAAUGUGAUGCCCACGAGGUUCUAUUGUUUUUUUUUUGUUGAAAA